AUGAUCGACUGCGCCUGGAAAGAGACGCGCCCAGGGCGCUGGGAGCGCCCGCAGAGCUACUUGGAAAAGAUCAACAUACUCACCCGCAAUGUGCCCAAUGCGAUUGGCCGUGAUAACUGGGCCAAGAACGCCGUUGCCAAGCUCAAAUUCCACCCCAGUAUCAAGGACCCUGCUGCUCAUCUCGAGAUUGCAUGGAAACAGGUUCGCUAUAAUCAUCCUGAGAUUGCCGCUUUCCCACACAACGGCAACUAUGUCUACCGCAUUGGAGACGCCAAUUCCAUCGCCCUGUGGGUCUCGGCCACCUUUUCCGUCAUCGAGGGCAAAACAGUCGACGAACUGCUGGGCCGCAUCCCAAGGAACGAGCAGAUGAUGUGCUACUUCCUGCGUGACACAUCCGAGGUCAUGAUCUGGUCUCCGCACUAUCGCGUCGACGCCCGCGGCGCAAUCUUCUGCCUCAAUCAUCUUGUCGAGUCUCUCGCCAACAUGAAUCCCGACCUCGUCUUUGGCGGGUGUGCCAAAAACUUGACUCCCAGCAUGGAAUCGACUCUUCGCAUCAAGCACGUGAAGACACCAGCCAUUGAAGCACAAGCCGAGAGCCGUCUCGCUGCGCUUGAACCGCACAAGCCGGCUCUGGAAUUGAAGCCCAAGGUCAAAGCCCCGAAGCCAGGAUACACACAGAGACAUUUUAUCAAGUUAUCCAAGCGCGACACAAAAGCAAUCACCGACUACUGCGACACUGCCGCGCUCGGCCUGCAUGUGACGUUGCAUGCGGCCCUGAUCAGCGCCGUAGUCAAGCUCGCCCCAGCCAACGAAGCUCGCAGCUUUAUGGCCUCGUUCCACUACAACCUCCGUACCUUGAUCCCCAAGGGCGAGGCUCCCGAGAACUCGCCAACCAGUUACACCAGCGUCAUCACCACCGAGGUAACCGUCUCCCCACAGACCGACUUUCACUCAUACUACUCGCAACUUGCCCCCGUCUAUGCCACCGGUUACGCUCCUUACCUGGAAUCCUCACCCUACUACCACAAGCUCCUCGAAGACCGGCUCACAGCCCCCGAGCUCGGCAAGAACGGCGAGACAGACGGCCAACUGCAACCUCGCUUUGCCUUCCUCGGCACCAUCGACGACAAGAUCUGCAGAAACGUUGGCGACGGCCUCGUCACCGUCGACGACUUCUGGCUUGGCGCCGAGACCCUGACGCUGCGCAUGAUGGUGCACACUUGGGUGUGGGACGGCCAGUUAGUCCUCAGCGUAUGCUACAACCAGAACUACUGGGACAAGGAAACAGCUGGCAAACUGCUCAACGCCAUGCAGGACACGCUGAUUGAUGUGGCGCUGGCGAAAAGCACAAAGAGUGUGAGAAUUGAGUGA